GCUGGCGGCCGGGCAGGUAGCAGCGACGACCAGGGUCCCCACGCGGAGCCAGCUUUCCUGGCGGGACCUGCGAGCGUCCCUCCCGCCCAGCGCUCGGGGCGUGCAGGGGGACCCGAGGCUCAGGUUGGACCCCACGCUGGACCAAGUCUGCUGCCCACAGAUGCCUCCUCCCUACCCAGAGGAGCUGCACAGCCCGACACCAAGCCCCACGUGAGGCAGCAGAGAUGGCGCUGAGCCCCGAGCCCGUGAGCAGGUUCCCCGUGCUGGCCACGAUGGGCAGCCCUGAGCCCGAGCCGUCUGGCGCCCCCAACGCCUCCCUCAACGGCUCCUGGGCCGGCCCAUCGGAGCCCAGCUCGCUGGAGGACCUGGCGGCUACAGGGGCCAUCGGGGCGGUGCUCUCGGCCAUGGGCGUGGUGGGUGUGGCCGGCAAUGCGUACACGCUGGUGGUCACGUGCUGCCGCCUGCCCGCCGCCACCUCCCUGUCCGUCUACGUCGUCAGCCUGGCGCUGGCCGACCUGCUCUACCUGCUCAGCAUCCCCUUCAUCGUGGCCACCUAUGUCACCCAGCGGUGGCACUUCGGCGACCUGGGCUGCCGAGUCCUCUUCAGCCUGGACUUCCUGACCAUGCACGCCAGCAUCUUCACGCUGACCGUCAUGAGCAGCGAGCGCUACAUGGCCGUGCUCAGGCCCCUGGACACGGCGCGGCGCUCCAAGGCCUACCGCAAGGUGCUCGCUCUGGGCGCGUGGCUGCUGGCGCUGCUGCUGGUGCUGCCCAUGACGCUGGCCAUCCGGCUGGUCCACAGAGGCCGCAAGAGCCUCUGCCUGCCCGUCUGGGGGCCGCACGCCCACCGCGCCUACCUGACGCUGCUCUUCGGGACCAGCAUCGCGGGGCCUGGCCUGGUCAUCGGGCUGCUCUACGCGCGCCUGGCCUGGGCCUACUGGCGCUCGCAGCGGGCCUCCUUCCCGCAGACGCGGCGGCUGCCCAACCCCCGCGUGCUGCGCCUCAUCGCGGCCAUCGUGGGGCUCUUCUGGGCCUGUUUCCUGCCCUUCUGGCUGUGGCAGCUCCUCACCCAGUACCGCGGGGCUGCGCCACUCUCACCCCGCGCCGCCCGCCUGGUCAACUACCUGACCACCUGCCUCACCUACGGCAACAGCUGCAUGGACCCCUUCCUCUACACGCUGCUCUCCAGGAGCUACCGUGACUACCGCCGCCGCCCGCCGCGUGGCCCGCCAGCCCGGCCUCCUCCUGCAGGGACCCGGCCGCUCGCCGUCCUCCGGGAGCUCGGGAGGGGCCCGCGGCCCCCCGUGAGCGCCGGGGUCCAGGGUGGGAGGUGGCCUGAGCCCUGCAGGGGACCCCCCCGCCCCGGAGGGCAGGCUGCCACCCCCAGCCCCUCCUAGGCCCCCACC